CGUUUGCAUUAUCAGGCUUCGGUUUGUUUAGACGCAAUGAGUAAAAAGGGUAACGUGUCGUGGGUAAAGCCAGCGGAACCAUCUUUUCUGAAGAAGUUUAAGGAGGAUGUUGGUUUUAAAGAGGGGCCUACAGUGGACACUAAAAGGCUGGAGAUGCCCCAGUGUGAUGGCGAUAGUGGUGACAGUGAUCGGGAAGAUGAGAUGCCGCAGGUCGUGCAGCUGAAAAAGGGAGAUCUCAGUGCUGAGGAAGUCAUUAAAAUCAGCAGCGAGAAGGCGACAUCAAAUGCAGAUGAGGAGCCUCCUGCGGAUGGAAAGAUUGUCUUUAAGAAACCCGUCAAACGCUCGUCUGAUAAAUUUGAAGGCAUUACUGCAAGCUCUAGCAAGAAAAAGAAAAGUGGUGAUGUAGAAAAGAAAGAGUUAAAGGCAGUUGUUAAAGUGAAGAACAACAGUCUACUGUCGUUUGGUGGCGAUGAGGAUGACGAGGACUAGUUUGUUUGAGAUUCAGUUCAACUAUAUUUCUGGAACUGAGCCUUAAAACUCCUGAUCUCCAGAUGAAAAAUGUUUUCUUGUGUGUAAAAUAGAUGUUUCGUGAGAAUGAAUAUUUCAUGUAGGUUCAUUUAUAAUGUAAUUUUGUAAACCAUCAUUAUGGGCCUCUACAGGAGCAUCCUUAACAACAGACACUGGAAAGAAAUGAUAUUGUUUCUGACUGAAUGACACGAUAGUUACUAAUAACACUUUGGAAAUAAUUUGACGGACCAGUGGAAUGAAUAAUAAAAAUCGUGAUAACACGAGGCAAAGAGAAAUGCAAAUAAGAUGGAACGUCCUGUUCAAACCCAUACGAUGUACAUUUAUGGCUUCUAUGAAGGAGCUGUGCAUGUUUUAUUGUCUUGGAUGUUUUAGGUUUUUGUAUUUUAUCUUCCCAGAUUAUGGGACUUCAAGAAUUUUAUUACACAUUUUUCUCAUAGGAAAGACAAAUGUAUGUUUGCUGGAAUUAAAGGUUUUACAUUAACUUAAAAUGAAUGACUUGUUUUUCCUUGUUGAAUAAAUUAAUCUGCUACAAAGUUUAAAUUAAGUAGUUACAUGCCAAAAGGAAUGUCAUCAAAAAUACAAUUAAUUUAUUUAAUGUGCCUUCUUGUACCUUUUCUUCUUGUAUGUUAUGUAUGGGAGAGCUUUAAUUAAACCGACCGGUAAUGUGAGAUAUUGAUUUGGUUGACAGAAGUGUUGAUAUUACAUGAUUUUGUUCUUCUAUUGCUCCUCCACCUCUUUGAUGUUUUUAAUUUAUCUUCUCUUACAUUCUCUAAAUAUUACUUUUUCGGUUUUGGCCGAAUGUCUCUGGUUACUGCCUGUCAUGUUUUUCUCCUACUUGUCUGCAAAUUUAACAUCACCUUCACAUACUGUAUAAGACUGUGGUUCAUAUGAUUAACGCCCCUCUUUAUAGUGAAAUUGAUUUUGUUAUUCUGUAUCUUAAAUGUAAAAUAACCUGAUCCUGUUUGAUCAAGGUAUGCGACUGUUCUGUUUCAAUGUACCCAAGUGUGUUUUAAGUUUAAUAUACAGGUUUGUGGCUCUUCAUUAAAAAAAAUGUAUUCACCAUUGUAAUCUGAUGUUUACUGAUCUUUUUAUAGAAAUAUCUUUAGGAUUUGUAUUAAAUCUAUAAUCAUUCCCUCGAAUCGAAACGAGAGCUUGUGAAUCGGAAUCAAAUCCAAUCGGAACAUCAGAAUGGAUACCCAGCCCUAUUAUCAAUGCUUCUCUCCCUACUGCUUCAUUUGGUAUCAUCAUUCUUCAAAUAACUUGUCUGUAUUAAUAACAACACUCAAAACGCACCUAUUUUCAGAUUGUUAUUUCUCCUAAACUGUGCUGCCUG